AGGAAGUGAGCGCAGUGUAGUGGAAUGUAGUUGCCAUUAGUGGGAGUUGAGCUGCUGCUGGCUAACAGUUAGCCUGCUAUGCUGAGUUUGAGUUGGAGACGCAGAGGAGAGUGAUGAAAACAUGCCUCACUUCACAGUGGUACCAGUGAAAGAUCAAGCUCAGUCCAGCUACGACAGCCUAGAAGGGAUUAACUGGGUAGAUUACAGGGACACUGGACAGGACUACCCUGAUCAUCAAGACACUGUCAGCUCUGAUGGACAUGGGAAUCAUAAAGAAGACAGCCCUUUUCUCAACAGCGCCGAUGCUGCUGGCAAGAAAAAUGACUUCUACGACAGAAACCUGGCAUUGUUUGAGGAAGAGCUGGACAUCCGGCCGAAGGUUUCCUCUCUGCUCAGCCGCUUGGUCAACUACACCAACAUCACGCAGGGAGCCAAGGAGCACGAGGAGGAGGAGAGCGCCGAGGCGUCACGUAGGAAGACCCCCAAGUCUCCCAACAUGGGCACUCUGAUGGGAGUCUACUUACCGUGUCUUCAGAACAUCUUUGGUGUCAUUCUUUUCCUCCGACUGACAUGGAUUGUUGGGAUGGCUGGCAUCAUACAGUCCCUCCUGAUCGUCCUCAUGUGCUGCUCAUGUACGAUGCUGACUGCCAUAUCUAUGAGUGCCAUCGCUACUAACGGUGUUGUUCCGGCUGGAGGAGCAUACUUCAUGAUCUCACGUUCCCUCGGCCCAGAGUUUGGAGGAGCUGUUGGACUAUGCUUCUAUUUGGGCACCACCUUUGCUUCUGCCAUGUACAUACUGGGGGCCAUUGAAAUCUUCUUGAAAUAUCUGGUUCCUCAGGCAGCCAUCUUUCAUGCCACAGACUCCCAUGGGAGUGACAGCGCCAUGCUGAACAAUAUGCGAGUCUAUGGCUCUUUAUGCCUCAGCCUGAUGGCUGUAGUUGUCUUUGUAGGAGUCAAAUAUGUCAACAAGCUGGCCUCCCUUUUCUUGGCCUGUGUCAUUAUCUCAAUUGUGUCUAUCUAUGCUGGAGCAAUCAAAUCCAUGACUCAUCCGCCGGAAUUCCCGAUCUGCAUGUUGGGUAACAGGACUCUGGUGAGAGAUCGAUUUGAUGUGUGUGCUAAGACUGUAACACAGGGCAACAUCACAGUACCCAGUCAGCUGUGGAACAGGUUCUGCCUGCCAGGGAACAUGAGCACUGCUCAGUGUGAUGAUUACUUUAUCCAGAACAAUGUGACAGAGAUACAGGGCAUCCCUGGACUGAGCAGUGGGAUUAUAAGAGAUAACAUGUGGGGCAACUACAUGCAGAAAGGCGAGAUCCUAGAGAAGGCAGGACUGCUGUCAGUGGACGCCCAUAGCGCCAUGGAGAACUUUAUCAUGUAUGUGUCUGCAGACAUCGCGACAUCAUUCACACUUCUGGUGGGGAUCUUCUUCCCGUCUGCCACAGGUAUCAUGGCAGGUUCCAACAGAUCUGGCGACCUCAGGGAUGCUCAGAAGUCCAUCCCUGUGGGAACUAUCUUAGCUAUCACCACUACUUCACUUGUUUAUAUAAGUUCUGUGGUCCUGUUUGGGUCCUGCAUUGAAGGAGUAGUCCUGAGAGACAAGUUUGGGGACGCCGUGAGAAAAAACUUGGUGGUGGGGACUCUCUCUUGGCCGUCUCCAUGGGUCAUUGUCAUUGGCUCCUUCUUCUCUACUAUUGGGGCAGGAUUGCAAUCCUUGACUGGGGCGCCACGGCUCCUACAGGCUAUUGCCAAGGACAACAUCAUUCCUUUCCUUAGGGUGUUUGGUCAUGGAAAGAACAAUGGAGAGCCUACGUGGGCUCUGCUGCUGACUGGUCUCAUAGCUGAGCUGGGGAUCCUUAUUGCCUCCUUGGAUAUGGUGGCUCCUAUCCUUUCUAUGUUCUUCUUGAUGUGCUAUCUCUUUGUGAACUUAGCCUGCGCAGUACAGACUCUUUUACGGACACCUAACUGGAGGCCAAGGUUUAAAUACUAUCACUGGGCUCUGUCUUUCCUUGGCAUGAGUAUGUGUCUGGCUCUUAUGUUCAUCUCCUCCUGGUACUAUGCUAUUGUGGCCAUGGGCAUUGCUGGGAUGAUCUACAAGUACAUUGAGUAUCAGGGAGCAGAAAAGGAGUGGGGAGACGGUAUAAGAGGACUGUCCCUUAGCGCUGCACGCUACGCCCUGCUGAGACUAGAAGUCGGACCCCCACACACCAAGAAUUGGAGACCUCAGCUCUUGGUGCUGUUGAAGCUGGAUGAGGACCUCCAUGUUAAAUAUCCCAGACUGCUCACCUUUGCUUCACAGCUGAAGGCAGGAAAGGGUCUGACCAUUGUGGGCUCUGUCAUCCAGGGCAACUUCCUGGAUAGCUUUGGGGAAAUGCAGGCAGCUGAGCAGGCUAUCAAGAAUAUGAUGGAGAUUGAGCGAGUCAAAGGUUUCUGCCAGGUUGUGGUGGCAUCUAAGGUGCGAGAGGGCGUCGUCCAUCUGAUCCAGUCCUGUGGUCUGGGGGGGAUGAAACAUAACACUGUGGUGAUGGGCUGGCCGUAUGGCUGGAGACAGAGUGAGGACCCUCGAGCCUGGAAGACUUUUAUCAACACAGUCCGCUGCACCACAGCUGCCCACCUGGCCCUGAUGGUGCCCAAAAAUGUGUCGUUCUAUCCAAGCAACCAUGAACGCUUCACAGAUGGCAACAUUGACGUAUGGUGGAUUGUCCAUGAUGGGGGGAUGCUAAUGCUGCUGCCUUUCCUGCUCAAACAGCAUAAGGUUUGGAGGAAAUGCAAGAUGCGCAUCUUCACUGUAGCCCAGAUGGACGACAAUAGCAUCCAGAUGAAGAAAGAUCUGGCCACGUUCCUUUAUCAGCUGAGAAUAGAGGCUGAGGUGGAGGUGGUGGAGAUGCAUGACAGUGACAUCUCAGCAUACACAUACGAGAGAACAUUAAUGAUGGAGCAGAGGUCCCAGAUGUUGAGGCAAAUGAGGCUGUCUAGUGCAGAAAGACAAAGAGAGGCCCAGCUGGUUAAGGACCGACACUCACUGGUGCGAAUGGGCAGCUUAUACUCAGACGAGGAGGAGGAGGUGGUGGAAGCUCCUCCAGAGAAGGUUCAGAUGACAUGGACCAGAGAGAAGUGUGAAGCUGAGAGGAGGAACAGGAACAAUGCUCCCGAGAACUUCAGAGAACUCAUGAGCCUCAAACCGGAUCAGUCCAAUGUGCGGCGGAUGCAUACGGCUGUGAAGCUGAACGAGGUCAUAGUCAACAGGUCCCAUGAUGCUCGAUUAGUGCUGCUCAACAUGCCCGGACCACCUCGAAACACAGAUGGUGAUGAGAACUAUAUGGAGUUCCUGGAGGUGUUGACUGAAGGUUUGGAAAGAGUUCUGCUGGUGAGAGGUGGAGGGCGAGAAGUCAUCACUAUCUACUCAUGACCAGUUAGGAGCUGCACAAAGGGGCUUUGGCCUCAAUAGAAUAUACAUUCCACCUCUGGGCAGGAGGCAGCACCCGCUUUGCUUCCAGACAGUUCACGGUAGAUGCAUCAAUUUGCCACUUUUUGUAUGAACUUUUGAUUACAAAAGAGGUUCAUUCUAUUCUUGUAGAAUAUUGGGACAUGUUAGUGUACAUAUCUACCUGUCUGCUCAUUCUUUACAAAUGGAAGCUCUUAUUGAUAUCAGUACAAACACCCACUUUAGGUAAACUUAUGUGUAGGUCACAAACACCUCUUUGUGAUUUAUGUGAUUAUCACCUAUGUUUGACAUUUGGCAGGCAGAACUAUCCUGAGUAGUAUACAUUUUGUUUGAACAGUUGAAAAAGUAUGGCAGAUUUUUAUUCAAAAACAGCUCUUUGGUUCUUUUGGAGGCACACUUCUAUUUAUUUAUUUAUUUUCUCAACAGUUCCCUCCUGAGGUUAAAGAAAAUGUUACUGCAGGUGAUGAGAGCAGUGCUUGAUGUUGGAUGUACUGUAUAGGUGGCACAGAAUCCAGAUUGUAUUAGUUAGAAUUUAUAUAUAUUUUUUAAUUUUUGGGAAAGAUACUUGUGUUGUUGCUAAAGAGAGACAAAUGUGUAUGAACAAACUAUUUCAUUUGUACAUUACCUGGAAAGGCUUAUCUGCUUGCAAAAAUGAUGGCUUAAUUUAAAGUUAUAAUCUUUAAAAUUUUCAUUAAAUCAAACCUAAUUUUCAAUUCUA